AUGUAUCGGUAUUUAGACCAAUGCAACUGUUCUAGGCCAGUUGUGCUACUACAGCAUGGAUUAUUAGCAGAUUCGUCUUGUUAUCUGUUUAAUGGCUAUAACGGAAGUUUAGGGUUUAUUCUAGCAGAUGCUGGAUACGAUGUCUGGCUUGGAAACUCACGCGGGAAUACUUAUUCAAUGAAACAUACGAAAUACAACUCAACACAAGAGGAGUUCUGGGAUUUUAGUUGGCAGGAUAUGGCAGACAAAGAUCUACCAGCCAUGGUCGAUUAUAUACUGAAAACUACAAACCAAACCAAUCUAGUGUACAUAGGUCAUUCCCAGGGCACGAUUAUUGGAUUUACUGGGUUUAGCAGAAACAAACAAUUGGCAAGGAAAAUCAGGCUCUUCAUUGCACUAGCACCUAUUGCAAAAUUGGCAGAUGUCAGAGGACUUACAUCUUUACUUGUCAAAGCAUUAAAACCUAAUAUAGAUAGAAGAGUACCUGUAUAUAUGUCUCAUACCCCAUCUGGUACCUCUGUGCAAAACAUGGUACAUUUUGGACAGGGGGUUAUCAGUGGUCAGUUCCAGUUGUAUGACUUUGGAACGGCAAUUGAAAAUAUGGCUCGAUAUAAUCAGACGACACCGCCGUUUGUGAAUUUAUCACAAGUAGACGUUCCAGUGGCUUUAUACUCUGGUGGCAACGAUUAUCUAGCUGAUCCAACGGACGUUAAGUUUAUCAGUGCUAAUCUGAAGCAUAUAGUAGAAAAUAAGGAAUAUCCUAAAUGGAAUCAUGCAGACUUUGUUGUUGGGAAUACACCACCAAAGACAUUAUACAAAGAUAUGUUAAAAUUGAUGGGAAAACUGAAUUGACAUAAUUGUAAUCAACACUUAUAUAUUCUUGC